UCUUUGGAAAGGUGAAGGGAGGUAUCCAGAGGAGGCCAGGCACUCCGGGCUGUGAGCAGCGGGGGUAGGAAGACACACACACACACACACACACACACACACACACACACACACGGAAGGAGAGAGAUCCGAGACCGAGCCCCGAGCCGAGAGAAACACCAAGACAGAAAGCGCUAGAGAAGAGGACGUGCGAGGAGCUGAGCCAGACCAAGGAGGACACACAGGGACAGAGCCCCAACAGGAAGAGGAAGGCCGCGCGCGCACACACAUGCACGCGCAGAAUCACAGGACGGCAGAGAGCGACACAGACAGGACAGGUCCAGGGAAGGGCGCACACGGGAGGGACACGGAGGCACAGAGGGGGCUUGGAGAGGCGACAGAGGCAGGCGGGCAGCGCCCCAGGAGGCCCCACACCCCGCCCCUGCCUGCCCGUCUGCCUGGUGCCUGGCGCUCCGACCCAGCCUGCCGAAGCUGCCACCGCCGGGCCCCCAGAGCCUAGCCCUGCCCUGUUCCCCUCCAGGCCAUGAGGAUUCUCUGGCUGAUCACGCUUGCUCUGGUGACAGGGCACGUAGGGGGAGAGACCCGGAUCAUCAAAGGUUACCCGUGCCUGCCUCACUCCCAGCCCUGGCAAGUGGCCCUGUUCCAGAAGACACGACUGCUGUGCGGGGCGACCCUCAUCGGCCCCCAAUGGCUCCUGACCGCAGCCCACUGCCGCAAGCCCCAUUACCGGGUCCUCCUGGGGGAGCACAACUUGAAUCGGGAGGAUGGCUGUGAGCAGAGGCAGACGGCCACCGAGUCCUUCCCCCACCCCGACUUCAACAACAGCCUCCCCAACAAGGACCACCGCAACGACAUCAUGCUCGUGAAGCUGCCCAGGCCGGCCGUCAUCACCCAGGCCGUGCGACCCCUCUCCCUGCCUUCGCACUGUGUCACCGCUGGCACCAACUGCCUCAUUUCCGGCUGGGGCACCACAUCCAGCCCCCAGUUGCAUCUGCCCCACACCUUGCGGUGCACCAACAUCUCCAUCAUGAAGCACGAGGAGUGUGAGCGUGCCUACCCCGGCAACAUCACAGACACCAUGGUGUGCGCCAGCGUGCGGCAAGAGGGCAAGGACUCCUGUCAGGGUGACUCUGGGGGCCCUCUGGUCUGUAACCAGUCUCUCCAAGGCAUUAUCUCCUGGGGCCAGGACCCAUGUGCAGUUUCCAGAAAGCCCGGUGUCUACACAAAAGUCUGCAAAUAUGUGGACUGGAUUCAGAAGAUUAUGCACAACAAUUAGCAGCACCCGCUUGCACGGUCAAAAUCUCAAUGUUUGGAAGUCUGCACGUUCUUAUAAGAAACCCUAAGUCACGAUCCUAUUAUGUCAUUUCUUUGGGGCUGCCUUCACUUAUGUGAGGUUCUACAGCUUUCUAGUAAGCUUGGGGUUUGGAAUCAGAAUCCUGAAUUCAAAUCCUGACUUGGACUAACUUGUCACUCUGGAAAUGAUCAUAACUAUUUUGUCUCCUAUUUUAUCCCAGUCCCCAAACCAUUCUUGACAAAGAUGAGAUUUAAUAAAUAUUUGAAGAACAAAUGAA